GUUGUGCGUUAUGCAUUCUGUUGACAUAAUAGAUCCGAGCCUAAUAAUUUCAUUUUAAAAUUCGCAAGUGCUCGCUGAAAUUUAACUGUUCAUAAUUAGUUUAUACGUUGUAUUUGCAGAUUGGCUAAAUAAUGGUACGGUUAAAAUGUUUCGUUACACUAAUUCUUAUAGUUUGCACGGCAAGUAUUUCAAGUUCUGCAAACAAAUGUUCUUUCGGAGCUUGUUUCAAAGGAAAAAGGAAGGCCGUGCAAGACGAACCUGUAGCAUUAAUAGAAGAGGACGGAUUAAUCAUUCAUUUCUUGGCAGUGUACUACACUUUCACAAUGUCUACUCCAUUUCGCAUAGGUUCCAGCGAAUCUUCUGGCGAUCUGUCUGACCACAGUUGGUGCAUCGGCGAUUUCAACGGAGAACCAGACGAAUAUGAUCCUCAACUAACGCCAGAAAGAGUGAAGUUGGACGGAUAUGACUCAAGCGAUACAUUUAGUGAUAUUUUGGAAGAUGUGGUCAUUAACCAUAGGUCUCACGGAGUCGGUCACAACCAUCAAAAAACUGUGUCGCCAAUUAUUCAGACUGUCCGAAAAUCAUCAAUGGCUUCGCAAACAGAUUCGGAUAAGUACGGAACGCUGGACGACAGGGACGCGAUAUCAGUUAAUUCCAUGACUAGCAUGAAUUCCAUAUCGAGCUUGCUGAGAGAAAAACUAAUGUUGAAUAUUCAAAAAAUCUCCAAGGACAAGCAAUUACAAUCCGACUAUAAAUUGAGGGCGUUCAUUAUUUUUUUGUUCGUCACCAUCGUUUGUUUAUUGAAGUUCGCGCACGUAUAUUACGACCGACACGUGUUGCAAAGGGCGUAUUUCAAGUACACGAGAUUCAACAAGGUGGACCGUUACCUGCGUUUGUUCAGCGUCGACGGGCACGAGAUAGCUUUUGGUCAUUUGGGAUUGGAGCUCGCCGAAAAGGAGAAGGUGUUCGAUUGCUUGCCCGAACACAGUAAACCACCCAACGUGCAGUGUUUCGAGUGGAUGCAAAAAGCCAGAUUAUAUUUGUCCCACGAGGAAAGGCCCGACGGGUUGAACUGUUACACGGUAGAGUGGUUCAGCUUGACGGACAAACACAGUCCCGUAGAUUGUUUCGAUGACGGAGAACAAUACGGACAUUGGUAUGGAGGCGGACGAACAUUGGGAAUGGCGUGGCCUGUGCAGCUAGGCAGGAUUGAAAUGUCUCCGUUUAUAACCGGACAUGUAGGCAAACGCCGUUGGGGUAAUGUCCUCGGAAGAUAUUUUAUCAACUCCAAAGGAGUAGCCAUCAAUGUGCACCCUGACACACCACUGCAUGUGUCCGUUAAUGCCGGCCGCGAAAGUAGACUGUGUCUCAAGGCCAGCCACGACGAUUUCGCUUACAGGAAGAUGGACAGCUCUCCCAGCCUGAAUUACACGAUAUGCUCAGCUAGGAACAUGAAGACGUUGCACUCGGCGCUUUCAGAGAAAAUGUUGUGGGACGGUUUGAAAGCUUCGGAUGCUGAAAUAAUUAACUCUUUGUUGACUGAACCCGUAUGGCAGCUGGCGCCUACCACCAAGGAAUUGCUGAACGAAUCGACCAUGGUCAAUUACACCGAGGACAUAAUAGCCUUAGGCUUCAUCAAGCAAGGCCAUGUGCUGUUAAACGAGUUUUGGCAAGAGGAAAUGGGCGAUUUUUCUUUGGAUCAGAAAAGAUUUCCCACGAUGAAAGAAACGAUAAACAUUAUUCACAGGAGAGGAUUCCGCAUAGUCGUCACGAUACAGCCGUUCAUAAGUACAGAAUCUAGAAAUUUUGCCACAGCCGUCAAAGAGGGAAUCCUAGUGAUGCAAGUUGGAAACGAACGGAACGUACCGGCUUUGACGAGGUAUAAGUCAGUUCACAGUGCCGGGAUGUUAGACAUAACGAAUAAGAAGUGCGGCCCGUGGUUGCAACAGCAACUCAAAGACCUCGUCCAGAAGUAUCAGUUCGACGCAUUUUAUUUGGAUAUGGGGUCUGCUUACGACUUGCCGCGUCACUACUUGUUCGCCGAAAAUUUGACCAAUCCCGACUAUUACAAAUCAUUAUUCUCUCAAUACGUGUCGGACAGCGUCAACGUCUUUGGCGUGUCUUCAGCAAUAAGCCGACCACCUGCGCCGAUUUUCGUUUCAUUGCUUUCUUUGGCCUCUACUUGGGACUCUCUUCAAGUGAUCAUACCGACAAUGCUCACGUACGGAAUCGUGGGCUAUCCGUUCUUGCUUCCCGGACCAGUUGGCGGAGAUUUUCAAGUUGAAAACGUUUCGCUGCACGGUCUUAUAUCGCCGGACAAUCCGCCAAUAGAAAUCUUGGAAACCCAAUCGUUGAAAGAAUGUAGACAUAGCGGGCAAAACGUAAACGCAAGCCGUGAGUUGGUAAUGAGAUGGAUGCAAUUGGCGACGUUUCUGCCUGUAAUACGAUAUGCAAGAUUACCUAGUGACUGUGACCCACAAGUGCUCCAAUUAACUAAAAACUUGACGUCUCUCCGCCAACAAAUAAUAAAUCCUCUAUUAAAAAGAUAUGUUCAAGAAGCACUAGAAACUGCCAUACCACUGAUAAGGCCUUUGUGGAUGCUAGACCCUUCUGAUACGACUUGUUAUAUUGUAAAAGACGAAUUCUCGGUAGGCGAAGAAGUAAUCGUAGCACCAAUACUAAGACCAGGUGCUACAGAGCGUGAAGUUUAUCUACCAGCUGGAGUAUGGAAAGAUGGAAUCGAGGGUAGUUUGAGAAAAGGUUCACGAUGGAUACAUAACUAUAAAAUACCUCUAGAAAAAAUUGCAUAUUUUGUAAAAAUGCCCAAUAAUACUAGAUUUUAGUGAACUGUUUAGUAACAUACAAUAAUUUUUAGUUUGUAUUUUAUGUUAUUUAUAACUUUACGGUAGUACAUGUUUUAAAAACAUAAUUUAUUUAAGAUAAUAAAAAAUAACAAUUUAAACUAAUGCAAUGUUAAAAAUAUGUGCAAA